AUGGCAAUAAUGUCGCCGACCUCCAUCUUCUUCUCUGUGAUCGUCUUCAUGCUCCUUUCCAAUGCCAUUACUACUCAAGCCGGUGGCUCUGGCAGUGGAAAACCUAAGGCAACAAGCCUCAUAGUGGAAGCGUGCAAGAACGCUUCGGGUGAGACCCAAGACCCCGAUGUCACAAAGGAAUUCUGUUUGUCGACCCUCCAAUCGGACAAGCGGAGUGCCGAGGCUAAAGACCUCCCUGGCUUGGUGCUCGUCUCCAUCGACAUCCUUAAGGGCCGUGUCACUGAUGCUAGUGUCAAGCUGCAAUAUGAGAACGUGGUGAGCACGCUCAACAUCUGCCAAGCCAUGAUUAAGGAUCACCAAGGUGACAAGGGCAUCCUGCACUCCUUGCGUCUGCCCCACUGUGUGGAUAUCGCCGGCGACACUUCCGACGAGUGCCAAACUGAUCUUGAAGAUGUGCCAGGGACGGAGGCGCUGCAAACUGAUAACGAGAGGCUGCGCAUUCUGUUCAACCUCAACACCGCCUUGGUUGUACCAUAUGAUGUCCGUGAUUAG